UGAAAAAGAAGAAUUAACCUAGAUUGAGAAUUUGAUUUUAUUAUUUUAGGUUUUAAAUAAUAAAGAGAAAUAUCCAAAGUUUAAAAUGUCCUAUAAUUCGAAUUCGGUUAAUAUAUCAGUCGAGGCUCCAAUCGAAAAUCAGAUUCAAGAAAUAACUUAUGAUGGAACAGAAAUAUACCAACCACCUCUUACUCUUUCGGAGAGCCUUGCAAAAUUUGCUCAAAAGAUUGACUUCAGUAAAUCAAAUGAACUAGAUAUUAAAAAAGACACUGAUGAGGCAUUUGAGGAUAACAAAAGUGAUUCUGAUAGCAAAGAUGCAUUUCAGUCAAGCCUUUGGCCAUGGGAUUCUGUAAGAAGCAAACUUAGAAGUGCUUUGCAGGAGGUCUGUGUUUUAGCAGAUGUUCUUGCAAUUGCCAAAGAAAAGAGAUAUCUGGUGCUAGAUCCAGUACAACAAGAGGCUGUAGAAACAAAACCAAUGGUUCAAAUAUAUGCUCGUAAAAAAGCACUUGCUGGUGCUGCAAAUGUCCUUUUAACAGGUGCAGAGAGACUUAAAACUUCUCAAAAUGAAAUUCUGCGUAACAGACAAACUCCAGACUUCCACAUAGAGCUAUUACGAUUGAGACAAAAUUGGAGAUUAAAAAAAGUUUCAAACUCAAUUAUUGGAGAUCUUAGUUAUCGUACUGCUGGUUCAAAAUUCUUUCAAAGUGGAAUGUUUGAAGUAACAAAAGCAGAGGAAGAAGAGAAAACAAGCAGCCCACCAAGUAGUCCGGCCCCUGGAAUAGCUCAAGUAUCCAAAAGCAACAGCUCACUUAGAGUUACUGUACCUUCAGAGCUACAAGGUGUUGCUUAUAUUGAAGUAUUAUGUCAAAAAGACCAAGAAGAUUUAUGUAGUGUAAACUUAAAUCUUUUGGGCUCUGGACCUCCAACAGCAAAUCCAGAAGUACAUUGGCAGCAAAAAUUAGAAGCUGCCCAAAAUGUACUUUUUUGUAAAGAACUUUUCAAUCAGCUUGCAAAAGAGGCUGUGCAGUUACAAGCUCCUAUACCACAUAUGGUUGUUGGUAAUCAGAUAAUGGCAACAGUAUUGCCCGGAAUUCAAUUAGUAAUUGGUCUCUGCCAUUCUGCGACAGCUGAUAAAAAAAAUCAACAAACUGCUCCAGCACCUUCUAAAAGUGAUCACGACCAUGUAUUAGAACAUUCACUACAUCAAUUGUUACGUGAAGUUCAUCAUAAAAAUACACAUCACCCAUUUCCUCACCCAUCUUCUGCGCCCCUCGGGCCUUCUAAAAAGCGAUACCUUGCCGGUCCAAUGGCUGCAGAUCGUCACGAGCUUCUCGAAAUGACUCAUACUGAAACACUUCUUGAGCAGAUCAUCAAACAGGCUCAACAUUUCUUUAUGCGUAUGCGUACAGAAUAUGUACUGGAUACAAUUGCAAAAGAAGUUAAAGAUCCGUUAAUCAGUUCCCAUUGGAAUACAUUAAACAGCCCUACACAGUCUUGUGUCAAAAUUAAUAUAUCAACCCAUGGCUACGAUGCCGUUUGUCGUACCCCUCUAGUAAUUCAUGUUGGCGAAAAGAGCCUGAAAUGUAUAUGUCGAGACGGCAAAGUUAUGCACAUGAGUUAUGAGCCCCAAGAACUGCGGGAUCUUAUUUUUUGCCACAUAAAUCAGCAUCAAAUUUUGGCUGUACAAGCUUUGGCUAAAACCAUGGGGUGGCAAUUUCUGGGCAACUCUAACCAUUUAGGAUUAGGAUCAGUAGAACCUUUAGGUAACGCUAGUUCUUGUUUACUGGGAUCGCCAAAUGGAGACAGGGUAAUUGCCGUAAGAUGUGAACCCCAGUCUGGUGUGCAAGUUUCAGUCGCUCAUUCACCAAGAACGGAUUUCUUUCCAAGUCGAUUAGUUACUGAAAGAAAGUGGGAACACUUAGGGGGACAAUUCCGUGACGUAAGAUUAGAAAAAAUGGAGGGGCGAAAUUUUUUGCAUAAAAUGGAACUUUUAAUGGCUAGUCUUACUAGCAAUUCUUAAGCUUGAUAAGGUGUAAUUAUGAUUUUAUUAGAUCUAUUAGCACAUGUAUUCCCUAGUAACUUAAUUUAUAAAACUACAAUUGAUCUCUAAUAAAAGUAUCA